UCUCCAACUAGAACAAGAAGUGAGAAACCAAGAUAGAUUCAUUGAUACAUUGAAAUUACAGAUUGAAGAUCUCAAACAGACAAAUCAUGGCUUGGAAGAAUAUGUUAGGAAACUCUUGGAUAGUAAGGAGGUGGUAAGCAGUCACAUAGACAAUUUAACCAGCCACAAUGAGCAUCUUUGUAAGGAAUUGAUUAAAAUUGACCAACUAGCAGAGCAACUAGAGAAAGAGAAAAAUUUUGUGGUGAAUACUACUGACAAGGAACUUGAAGAAGCAAAGAUUGAACUCAUUUGCCAACGAAAUAAUAUAAUAGUAUUGGAGGAUACAAUAAAAAGGCUUAGAUCUAUAAUUUUAGAGACUGAAAAAGCAAAAAAUAAAUCUCCUUCCAGACUUGAUUCCUUUGUCAAGACUUUAGAAGCAGACAGAGAUUACUACAAGAGUGAAGCUCAAAAUUUGAGAAAGAUGAUCAGAAGUAGAUCUAAAAGUCCAAGACGGCCAUCUCCAUCUUCCCGGGCUGCAAAUUGUGACGUAGAGCUUUUGAAGACCACAAGAGAUCGUGAAGAACUUAAAUGCAUGCUGGAAAAGUAUGAGCAUCAUUUGGCAGAAAUUCAGGGUAAUGUCAAGGUUCUCACAUCUGAGAGAGACAAGACCUUUCUUCUUUAUGAGCAGGCACAGGAAGAAAUUGCCCGACUUCGACGAGAAAUGAUGAAAAACUGCAAAUCUCCUAAAUCAACAACAGCGCAUGCUAUCCUCCAGCGGGUUGAGACGGAAAGAAAUGUAGCCUUCACUGAUUUACGAAGAAUGACCACAGAACGAGACAGUCUGAGAGAAAGGCUAAAGAUUGCCCAAGAGACAGCAUUUAAUGAGAAGGCUCACUUGGAACAGAGGAUAGAGGAGCUGGAGUGUACAGUUCAUAAAGGUGGAGAAAAGGCUCAAAAGGACAUUAUUGAGAAAGGAGUCGGAGACACAACAAACAUGGCGGCGGCUGUAACGGUGACGAAGACUGCGGCGGUGGCGACGGCUGCGGCGUUGAACAAGGCGGUGGGGGGUACUCGGUGCAGCUGUCAGGAGACCUUUGUAUGGCUUUUCAAUUUUAGUUGA